AUGAAGCUUUUUGUACGAUGUGUUGUCUUGAAUAGUCACUCGCUCCGUAUCCAGCAAAGGGGAGGGGGGGGGGGUAGGAAGGGGUUGGUGGGGACUUGUUUCCAUGGUGACCACCAGUUACAUAAUAACAGUGGGUACCUACUGUAGCCGAAGCAUUAGAGGAUGAGAGAUAAGGACGCAGAGGGAGAUGACGAACAGAAAUUAUUUCCCCUACCAAUUUAGAUUUAGAAAAUAUUGUGUCUGGGAUUCAAAUGUCAUUAAAAGGGUAAAGAGCAAUGCACAUAGCUUUGAAAUAUUUCAUUUUGUGGAUGGGGUUGCUGGACUAGUUUUCUUCAUGCCAGGCAUUGCAGUAUGCCAGUGAACUGGCUGCUUUUAACAUCCAACCUUAUGCUUUACUCCCCCGCGGACCUGCCGUCCUUUAUUUGUCUCUGUUAUCAAGUUAAGAAUUAUAUUGGAGGUAAAUUAAAUUGAGCAAGGUCAAUUAAAACAUAGUGACUGGAUUAUAAAGUGAGUGCACCCUAUUAGGCCUUGCUCCUAUAUCACAUGAUGGCUUUUAAAACAAAUAGUAUCUGAUUGGCCGGUAGGCCCUGAAGGGGUCGUGUUCCCACUGAAUAUAAUUAUUGUUAGCUGCACACUACAAUCCUGGAGCGCUGACGAAGACAACUGCUGCUGAAACAACUUUAUUUUUUAUGUUAAAGCUUUGUCAGUAGUUUCUAAGAGUGUUUUCAACCCUUCGGUGCUUUUUAAUUCAUUUAUAUGUGCAAAGUUGCGCUAUUGCAACAGAUUAUUGCUCUUUGUAUAGGCAGUUUACUCCAAUGCUUACAUUUUAUUGACCUUUAUCAUGCCACAGAUAAAGCACAUUCUCAUGCAGUCAUGUUGACUGCAUGUUUUAUGUUAGAAUCCUUCAUCAUCAGUUUCAACCAUUUUUCCAUAACUUUUCUGCCAGCAUGCUAAUUUUCAGCUAAUAUCAUUUUUAUUUUUAUUUCACAUACUCUUAAUCAAGUGCAGACAUCCCUCCUGGGGCACUCCUGGUUUGAAAUCAGUGAUAUUGAUCCUCCUGCUACUGGCAGGAAGAUAGAUAGCUAGAUGGAGGGCAAAGCGAGCAGCAGUGGCAUUGCUCUAAAUUUAGUCACCCCUCUGCUUCUGAACUAAAUACCAAUGACAACAGCCAAAGUGACACCCACCCACCCACCCACCCACUCAUUCAGUCGCUCAUUCAGUGGUUGCAGCCCCCUCUGCUCACCCUCUCCAUGACAAGCCCCAGUGCCGUGGAGCACGAGCACCCACACGGGUUGCACUACCCUGUCUGACCCUCUCUCCUCUUACCAUUCUGACUUCCUACCCUGAGGAGACAGGCACAACUUAAUACUCCGCCCAAAGGGGUCCUUCAGGACAGGGGCAGCUAUGUCACAGUUCUCCACCAUGACGACCGGGGAGAGGAAAAUGCAGGCGGCAGCAAUCUGCAAGGAGGUUCAAGCCCAGGAAGACAUAGAGAUGGAUCUUGGGAAGAAAAUGAACGUGCCUAAGGACAUCAUGCUGGAGGAGCUGUCUCUUGCCUCAAACCGGGGCUCCCGUCUCUUCAAAAUGCGCCAGAGACGCUCAGAAAAAUACACUUUUGAGAGCGUCCGUAAUGAGAACAACAAACAGCUCAAUAACAUAAUACUUUCUCAAGCUGAGAAUGGGAGUGCCACGGACAACCACAGCGGCGAGAACAACGUGGAUGUCGACCAACCGCCUGCUGUGCCCUCUGACACACCAGAUGCAAGCAUGGGGCCAAAUCCAGACAGCAUCGCCCCGGGGUACGGAGGUCCUUUGAAAGACAUCCCUCUGGAGAAGUUCAACAGUACAGCUGUACCAAAGUCCUACCACUCGCCCUGGGAGCAGGCCAUCAACAGUGACCCGGCCUUGGCUGACAUGCUCAUCGCACAUAUGCUGGAGCCGGAGCCUAGACCAGACAUACCGGGAUACAAAAGUUUCAACAGGGUGGCGACCCCGUUCGGUGGUUUCGGCAAAGCACCUAGACAUCCUACCAUCAAGUCCCUCCAGGUGGAACCACUCCCUAACUACCCUGAGCUCCAGGGGGAUGCGGAGGUAGAUCGACCCUCCUUCAACAGAUCUGCUCUGGGGUGGGUGUCGACCGGCGGUCCAAUCCCCCUCUCUGCUGUUUCCCUUGAGCCCGUGCUCAUCCCUGAGUCAGAGGACCUUUGAACCCAUGAUGAAGUCACACAGAGAUGCUGUCUACGUAGUUGCUGCACCAGAGGUGAAGGUGGGCAGGGUAAAGCCACGGUCGGGACAGAGUCAGUGAGAGAGAAAAGCUUCAAGUUACCAUGAAUGCAGCAUCCCACUGUUUUCCAGGGAUGUUAACUAUUGCACUGCUCUUAAAAAUGAAUGAAUCAUCCUGUACAGUAAGCAGAGAAUACAUGGAAUUUAUUGUAAAUUAAUGUGCAUAAGAGUAUUUUAUCUUGCAGACACAAGUUGUUGCUCAAUAAAAUGGUGUCGAAUGCAACAAAUCUGACAUAAUUCUUUAUUCUGUUCUUUUUAUUUUUCAUGCUUGAAUUUCAUUUUCUGCCACGAAAACGUGCUGAUAACCGGAAUGCACACUUUCGAGAUUCUUCUGUAUUUGGACAUGAACGCAAAUCUGUAACAUAUUCCGCAACAUGCCCCCAGGUGAUUAUUUCACAGUGAGUUGGUC